AACCAACCAGGAACGUGUGCAGCUGAUACAGAGGAUGAUAUAUAAAUCCCUUAGUUUAGCUGAUUGGUUUCAAUUUGGACUGGACUGUGACGAAGUGUAGACGUUCCCAAGAUGAAAUAUUUAGUUCUGCUUGCCUGCGCGUCAGUCGCUCUGGCUUGCAAAUGCAACCAGAAAUUGGACGACGAAUGGGAAGUAUACAAAAAAUUCCACAACAAAGUUUACGAGACCCCAACUGAAGACUGUUACAGAAGAAAUCUCUGGGAGGACUCGGUGCAAUGGGUGGCCAAACAUAACAGGGAAUACGACAUGGGAGUCCACACUUACUGGGUGGGAAUCAACCAAUUUUCUGACAUGACACAACAGGAAAGAGUUAGGAAGAUGAACGGCGCAGUUAUGCCACAGAACCUGACCUACGAUGGUAUGGAAUGGUUUCAGGAGCCCCUGAACGUUGAACUACCUUCCACAGUGGACUGGAGACAAAAAGGUGCCGUCACCCCGGUCAAGAAUCAGGGUGGGUGUGGGUCGUGCUGGGCUUUCUCCGCCACUGGCACCAUGGAGGGACAGUCGUAUCUAAGGAAACAUAAAAAAGUCUCUAUCUCAGAGCAGCAAUUGGUGGACUGUGACAAACGUGAUGGUGGUUGCAAUGGCGGUUGGCCUUACGUUGCUAUCCAAUAUGUGGCUAAAAACGGCGGCAUUGACACCGAAACUGCCUACCGCUACACCGGCAGGGACGGCAGUUGCCACUUCAGCAAAAGUGGCGUUGGAUACACCACUUCCGGCGUGGUGCACGUUCCCGCGAGCGAGUCCUCCCUCCAGUCUGCCGUAGCCACCGUAGGCCCAAUCUCUGUCUGCAUUGAUGCAUCACACCGCUCUUUUGGCUCAUACAAGGGUGGAGUUUACAAUGAACCAGCUUGCACUCACCGCACUGACCAUUGCGUGUUGGCCGUUGGCUAUGGAACCAUGAGUGGACAAGCUUACUGGUUGGUGAAAAACAGCUGGAGCACCAGAUGGGGAGUCCAGGGAUACAUCUACAUGUCCCGAAACAGGGGCAACCAGUGCGCUAUUGCAUCAUAUGGAACCUAUUCCAAAUAAGAAACCCCAUAUGAAACGCUAGCAGAGACGAACUAAGUAUGCUUCCCUUAAAUCCUGUGUCAGUGGGAUUUUGACGUGGGAGUUUUUGUUGAUUUAUGAACGAGGAACAUCAUUCUGCUGAAAAUGAUACCAGCAAAUAUAAGUACAUACAGGAAUGUCUGUGACAUUUCGAUUAUUCACUUUGCCAACGUUUAGUUCGAUUUAGAAUGGGUUUUUAUUUAAUAAAUCUGUUAUACUGGUA